AUGUCAUCAACCGACGUGGCAACAAAUCAAAAUCAAGUAUCAGAUCAAAAAUCUGAUGUCAAUAAAAAUAAACAACAAGAUCAAGCCAGUUCGGACACUGAUAAUCCAAAACAAAUCAAUGGUAAAACUGUCAUUGCAACAAAGGUAACUGGUAAAGUUAAAUGGUUUAAUGUUAAAAGUGGUUAUGGUUUUAUUCAACGAGAUGAUAAUAAUGACGAUAUUUUUGUUCAUCAAACAGCUAUUGUUAAAAAUAAUCCUCAAAAAUAUUUACGUAGUGUUGGCGACGAUGAAAGAGUCGAAUUUGAUAUUGUUCAAGGCGAAAAAGGUCAUGAAGCUGCAAAUGUAACUGGUCCUAAUGGAACUAAUGUACAAGGUUCAAAAUAUGCAGCUGAUGUUAGACCAAACAAUAUACGAGGCAAUUUUCGAGAUGGACGUGGCGGAGGUCGACCUCCAUUCCGUAGUCGAGGAGGACCUUUUCGUGGUCCAGGUGGAUAUGAUCCAGGUUUCGGUCAACAAUUCGGUAAUUAUGGUCCACCACAAAUGAUUGGACGACCACCACGUGAUUUUGGUGCUCCAAUGUUCCGAGGUCGUGGACGACCACCAUUUCGUGGUGGCUUUGGAUUUGACGGAAAUUUUGCAGGCCGAGGACCACGCAUCUUCCGCGGUCCUGGUGCUCCAAUGAUGGGAGGUCCUAUGGGUCCCAUGCCAGGUCCAAUGGGUCCAGCAUUUGGUGGUGGGUUCCGUGGUCGUGGUCGAGGUCGUGGCCGUGGCCGUGGCCGAUUCUUCCGAGGAGCUCGCCAAGGUAAUCAUUUUGAUCCAAAUAAUGCUAAUUACAAUGAAAAUCAAGAUGAUGAACAAGAUGCUGGUCAAUCAUCGGUCUAA